UGCGAAGUGUGCUCCGAGUGUCGGUCUCUCCGCGCUCCACACGCCUCGCGUUUGUGCCGCAGACUUGAGCUUUAACUUCACCGUCAUGGUCGAGCAGUUUGUUGGAACCUGGACUCUGUCUGCCAGCGAGAACUUCGAUGACUACAUGAAGGCGAUUGGUGUGGGCUUCGCCACCCGGCAAAUGGGCAACGUGGUGAAGCCCAACCUGGUGAUCAGCCUGGAUGACGCUGGGGUUAUUUCGAUGAAGUCCGAGAGCACGUUCAAGAACACCGAGAUCAAGUUCAAGAUCAACGAAGAGUUCGACGAGAACACCGCGGACGGACGACAGACCAAGACCACCAUCACUUUUGAGAAUGGCAAACUUGUGCAGAAACAGACGUGGGAUGGAAAGGCCACAACACUGGAACGAGAGAUCCAAGAUGGCAAACUGACCGCUAAAUGUAUCAUGGAUGAUGUUGUUGCAGUAAGGACCUAUGAGAAGGCUUAAUUAGCUGCUCCUGGACCCCUGUUCCACGAACAAAUGCACUGGGAUGACAAACAUGAUGCCAAUAAAGUCUGAACUGUAGUUCUUCAGUCUGAAA